AUGAAGAUAGAAGGUGCUGUGGCCUUAAUUACCGGUGGGGCUUCAGGAAUCGGCAAAGCAGUCUGCGAGAAACUUUUACAAGAUGGAGCGAAGGUUAGUUAAUUCGAGAGCUGCUUGCCAAACAGCGGUUCCCUCGAUUUCACAUACAGCCUAAGCACAAAGCCUUAUUGACGAUAUUAGGAGGACAAUUUUUUUUGUAAAGAGUAAGACUACAUAUGUAUUUGAGCCAUUUUCAGGGGAGCUUAGAUGGGUUUUCAUCCCCUUGAAACUAUUAUUAUAAAUCUUUACAGAGAAGGAAUUCUUGAGAAUUGUUUGUUUACCAUCGAAGGUUUAUUGUACACUGACAAGGUGUUACAAUGACUGCAAACAUAAUAUAUUGGCUCGGUAAAAAUUGUUUAUCAUAUACUUGUCAGUAAAGAAGUGAAAAGUAAAAAACGAAUCGAUUUUGUAGAAGUUGAAGAAGCCUUGACUCGCAAAAACUACAAAUCAAAAAGCUAUCAGAUUUCACGUUUUUUGUGGUCGUUUGCAACAGAUUUAUCAGUUCAACACUAUUGUUUAGAGUACAAUGCAAUAGAAAAACCUCAAGUUUUGAAAGAUGCCACCUUUUAAUAAGAUCUAUAGCUUUUACAUAUUCCGAUUUUAAAGCUACACUCUGAAGAGGUUUAUAGUCGCUACUUGACCCGAUUUAGUAGCAAAAAAAUUCCCUAAAAAUAUUUCUCUAAAUAGUCUUUCGCAUCAGGUCCCAGAUGCAGUUUACCUUAGUUACCAAGGAAUUUAUUGUCUCGCGAUCAUUUAAAACCACUGGAUUUGUUUAUUUUAAAAUUCAUAAUUCAGCAUAGAAAACUCUGGCUGCGUGUGAAAGACCUACAGCCAGAGAGGCUUUUAUUCGCUAUUAUUAUUUUUUUUUAUCAAUAUUCCACGGGGAAGUUUGUUAGUAGUGACGACUAACCUGUAAUUAAAGGCAAACAGCAUGAAUUGGACUUCUUCCUGUCUACUUUCGGCCAAAUUUGAAGUAUUUCAUUCUGCUUUGUUAUGUUUUCGUCUUUUUUCGUUUGCCUUUUUUCAAUAUUUUGAAAGCGUUGAGGUAUAAGGAUUACACGAAAAGGAGGUAAAAUCAUAAUACAUUUUUGCUGUAUCGCGUUGCCGAAUACGACUGAGGUCGUUAUUAAAAAAUCUCAACAAUCUCACUUAUGUUUUCACUUAACUGGCACGCUAUGGCAGAAGAGCCUUACGUUUCCUUAAAUAUCUUUGUUUUCGGCCGGAUCGAAAGCCGUUUCCACUUUCUUUAUUUCUCGAACGGUCUUACCCAGUCUUUCAGUCUUUCAAUUUAUUGACAUGACUUUUUUUGCAAAGUAUAAUCGUUAUGUCGGAAAUAAGACUAAUGAGUCUGCUAUGUUCCGAAACUUCACGUUUUAUUUUAUAAAAUAAACUUGAUCUCCCUCUCUCUCACACUGUUCUUUGUCUCACGCUCUGGUCUCUCUCGUUUUAAAUAUGUAAUAUGAUCCUAUUGUUAAAUCACCUGUCACUUAUCGCAAAAAAUCAACCGGAAAUCAAUUAACGCUGAAUAAUCUCUCACAGUGACAACGAGGAUUUUCACAUGAGCUCGUCGUAAUAUUCUCAUUUAUGUUUUAGUCAGCGAACAAAUAAUUAUAUUUAAUUGUAUUCCUCCAUUAAAUGCUAAUUUAUUAAUAAAGCCGAUGAAAAAUAAUUAUUUACAAAUGCUUUGUUUUCUGUAUUUAAUGUAUGAUUUCCACAAAGGUUCAGUUCCUUGACAUCAACAAAACAACCGGUGAAGCAACACUGAAGAGUUACACCAGCCAACACGCUAACGGGCAUGCCAAAUUUAUAUGCUGUGACGUCACUUCUCAUGAUCAAUUAGACGGUUAGUGUAUGUCAGUGUAUGCGACGUUAAUUAAUGCAAACUGAACAAGGAAAUAACGCCUGACUGGGUAAAACAAAUAGUUGUAAACAAAGCUCUCCUUUGCUGUGCAAUUGGCACUUUAGACGCCUCCUCAGAAAUUUCAUAUAAAUACAUAGUCGAAUGUCAGACUGAUGUAUGUUAAAGAGUCAGACAUAAAAAUCAAAAAGCAAACAGACAGACCAACAGAAGAGUGGAAACAGUCUUUCUGGCUCUCUUAAAAACUCCGAACGAAAAAAGAGACGACUUGCGAACCUGAAUUGCGCUACCCUGACUGUCGCGGAUUUCUGGGAUUGGAAAUCUUCCCCCUUUUUUUUCCUCAGCUGCAUUUAGAGCCACAGUGAAAGAACAUGGCAGACUUGAUAUAUUAGUCAAUAACGCAGCAAUAAUGGACGAACAGGAUUGGGAGAAAACCCUCAACGUGAAUCUGGUAAAACACAUUUUUUUCUUUUGUGAGAAAACCUUUUUUGGCUGUGAUCAUGAAUGAAUGAAAUGAUUGACUUUUUCGGAUCUAUACGACCCCUUUCCACAGCAUGCUGUCAUUCGCAGUACUUUUCUUGGAAUUGAGCUCAUGAAGAAUGGCGUUAUCAUAAAUAUGUCGUCUACCGGAGGUAAGCUUUAGACUAUUAUAAAAAAAAUAAUAGUAUUAGCGCACUGCGAUAAUAUCUGGAAGUAAGGCAUACGGAAAUUAGAGUUCCGCCUGGCGCGCUUGCAUCGUUUUUUUUCGCUGAUUUUUGAAAACUUGAGCGAUGGACUCCGUCAAAAGCAGAGACUGCUCGUUGUCUGGAUUAAUUAAGAAGAACAAAAUGGAGUACAAAUGACAAGGCAAAAAAUACGAGCUGAUUCGUUUAAGAUGUACAUGAUAUUGCGGAAAAUAUUAAAUACAGGAGAAUAAAAAUUUUCCUUAUCGCUUAACCAUUUAUCUGCUUGCGAUCUUUAUCUUUUACAGGUAUCCAUCCAGUUUCGUUUUUACCUGCUUACUGUGCUUCAAAGUUUGGUAUCGUAGGAUUCACAAGAAGUGUCGCUCCGGUACGUGCGCGACUCAUAAUUCAUAGCAAAAUACCAUACAGAUAAACUAGUUACUGUACAGCAGUCCAUAAAUUGAUUUUCCAUAACUUGAAGCGUCGGGGAAUGAAAGUAGGUUGGGAAUGUUUCAAUUUAACUUUCCUUGGUAGAUACUGUUGCUUAUUUAAGACCACUCUCGGUCGCCUAGAUAAUGUUCCUCUCAGGAUGUCGUGCAAUGACGUCAGGUUCGUCCAAUUGCCCACCCCUCUAAUGCUUUUUCCUUUCAAUGACAGGCAGCCUUUAGAAAAAAAGGUAUACGCGUGAACUGUGUAUGUCCAGGAAGUACAGACACGGAUAUCUACAAGACAGUGGGCAACUUGGAGCUUACUAAGGAGCAACAGGAACUCUUAGUUAGCACGCAUAAACAGAAGUGAGCUUUGUACUUUUAUAUGAAUCAGUGGUUACAACUUUGAACAUCGAGUCACAAACCGAUCUUGGUCAUCUCCUUCAGGCGUGGUUACUUACAGCAGUUCCUUCAACUCACAGGUUACUGAUAUCUGUGUUAACCUUUUAUUGUCGCAGACCAGAGGCCGUAGCGGAAUGCGUAGUUGAUUUGAUCAAAGACGAAUCGACGGAAGCUGGGCAAGUGGUGAAAGUAACUUACGAAGAUGGUGUGGAAUAUCUUAACUUUAAUGACGUACGUAUAAUG